AUGAAUGCUUCAGAUGAUUGUUUUGCGGGGACAAAACAGGCGUUUCUCAUCUGUGUCACGGUGCAUAAGGCGUCCGAGGUCGGGGUACCCAAUGGCGAGCUGUAUGUGAAAGUGAGUUUGGAUAAAAUGAGCAAGAGCACCAAAACAUUUCCCAACUCCGUAAAUCCAUUCUUCAAUGAGUACUUUGUCUUUGAGUUUAAUUGCACACUCGCCGAACUGCUUCGUCACACCAUUCUCUUUGAACUCAAGAAAUAUGUGCUGUGUAAGAAGAAUUUGGUUAUAGGCGAUCUCCUGAUCGAUUUGCACAGUGUGUGGAAUCAGCCGAAUCAUGGUUACUUUAAGAAAUGGGGUCGUUUGGAAACGCCCGUAAGCGAGCAGGGGGUCAAUAUGGAGUCGAAUGAGUCCCAUGGCUAUCUGCAAAUUGAUUUGGCCAUUGUGUCGCAGCACAGUGCGGUGGCAAGUGCUCUGAAGCCCGAUGAGAAACAGGAUACCAACGACAUGAACAAAUGGGCGGUCGACCCGGACUUCGAUGAUAUCAAGAGUAAUCUACUGCAGAAUAUGGACUCGUGUAUGCAAAGCAACAUACGCUACUUCAUCAGCUUCUAUCGGGGCUAUUUCGUGAAGAAGAGCAAUUACAUGAUUCAAGUAUCGUUUGCUGGUUUCAAUGGCAAAACACCCGUUGCUAAAAACACAACCACGCCGGUCUGGAACCAUGAGAUCAGCUUUGCCUGGAUGUAUCCUUCGUUGGCCCAACGCUUUCUUAUCCUAAUUCUGGCGCACGAGCACCUUCAAUGGAAGUGUAUGGCUGAAUAUGAAUUGUCGUUUGAAGAAAUUGCAUUUAAGGAUAAACCCUCUUUGGGUCCAACUUAUUUGCAUCUCUACGAUCCCGUCAACCCGUUGAGCUAUGUCGGUCGUUUGCUGUUGCAGGUGCGUGCCGAAACGUUGAAGGACGAGAAACCCACACAUGUGCUGAUUGCACAGAACACCCAUGGCAUGGACGAGUCUCGAUAUUGGCAUGAUGACAUAUAUCAAGUGGAAUUUUUACCACUGCUGGGCAAUCAUAUACACAGCAAUGCUUCCAAUUAUAAAAUUCAAGUAAAAUUAGCAGAGCACUCAUCCAAUACUAUUGAGGGUCAGUUGAGAAUACCACCCGGCAAAUUCAGCAAAUUAGAUACGAAAUAUUUUCGCCAGGAUGCCCCAUAUCACUCCUGUAUGCUGCGUGCGCGCAUGCCCGAUAAUCGGGCCAAGUUUGAGAGCGAUUAUUUUAUGGCGGAUACAGCCACAUAUAUGAAGUCCGAACUGGACACAUUUAAGAUCUUUCAGUUAAAGUAUUCACAUCAGUAUAUUGAACAGGCCAAGUGCAUAAAAUCCAUUAUCACUAAUAUACUGAACAAGGUUAAAGACGGCGUCGAUGCGCAUCGCUUUGACUAUGAGGUGGACACCCAACUCACGACUUGGGAUAUCAAUCGGCAGCUCUAUUUGCUGGACUACUUUGCAAAAAUGCCGCGUGAGCUGCGCUUGCUGCGUCAGAAACUCAAAUCAAGUCCCUUGGAUCACAUGGACGCCACCAUAGUUGACAUUGUUAAUGAUCUGCACCGAUUGAUUGGUGAGAUCAGUUCGCUAGCCAAUAUGAUGCGGGUGCAGGAUGAUUGGCCAGAUCUGAUAUUGGUGCUAACCGCAGGCGGUAAGGAUGUGGGCACGUGCAAGCUGAAUGCCAAGAACUUUCUGGACCUGAAGCAGCGUCAGAAACAUCCGACUAGCAACAAAUGCUGGCGCGUUCAGAGCUUCACAUUCAAAAAUGUAAAUUGUGCACACAGCUGUACCAAUUGUGGAUGCACUGUGGGUGUAGUGCUCGGCUGCAUGGCCAUUGUUGUGGAGCGGGAGCGUAAGGACUUCCUGGCCUACAUUGCUGGAGAUUGGAUGUCCCAGGAGCCCAUGACCUGGCAACCAAACGUUACCCAAACCCACUUUCGUUGUCACGUCUAUGUGCAUCAGGCCAAGGUACGACCUGGAGUCGAUAAGAAGGGUCAGUGCGAUGGCUACUUGCGUGUAAUCUUCGGUGAUAAGGUGAGUGAAACCUAUGCGGUGUUGGCAACCCUCUCGCCUAUUUGGAAUGCGGUGAUCACUUUCAAAAGUGUGGUGUUACCUGGAAGUAUCAAUUGGUAUAUACAGAAUCCACCACAAUUGGCCCUAGAGCUCUAUGAUGCUGACAAAAUGAGCGACGAUGAUCUGCUGGGCCAGGCCCAGUCAGUGGUGAGUGUCAUAAGUAACGAUCGCAUGGAAGACACCAGCUGGGAUGAUGCAGGUAUAGCGUCAGGAGUGAAGAAUCCGCUGCAGAAACUUCAGCGUUUAAAAAAUGUCACUCCACCGCCACUUAAAUGGGUACCCGUUUCCAAAAUGGGCGUGGUGCAGGCAGAGGUGCUUAUGUCAGCUGAGUUUAUAGAGCUAGUAGGGGAUGUGGAUGCGCAUGGCGAUGGCAAGGAGACAGCUAUGGCGACAGGCAUACCGCUAGCCAUACGACCCAACAUGCUAAACUAUGUCCUGGAAGUAAUUUUUGUGGGUCUCCGUAACUACAAGAAGAGCGGCAUGAGUUCUGCGGGAAAACGACGAAUUAAAGUAAUGAUGGCUGACUUGGUUCUUAGUAGCGGACUGUCCACAUCCCGCGUACGGAAUAGCAUCAACUUUUUAGUGGCCUAUGCCGCAGGUGUUGUGAGUCUUCCCGAUCAGCAAGAGUACUGGCCGGCCAUGAUAGCCACCGACGUAACGCUGUCCGGAUCCAAUGGGGAAUCAACCCUGGGCGCUGCUCUGAUCCCCAACUCAACGAGCUUCUUGCAAAAGGAUGAGACGACAAAGUGUAUGUGGAUUGAUGACAAUAUGGAGACAUCGGUGGCAUCAACAAUGCUUACCAUUGACUACGAUGAGGAUAUUGAGACGGAACUUAUGCCGCCAGUCAGGGUAGACAGCUGCUGGACGCGAAUCAAAAAUGCCCUCGGCCUUCGCACAAGCACCUACGCCAACCAGAAAGUGCUGAAGAAUGCGGAUUUGGAGGCCAGCGAACUUUUGGCCGAAAAUCAAUUCACAUGGUGGACUAAAUUCUACAAUUCAAUGUAUACUGAUGCAAAAGAUAAAACGUAUUCGUACAAGCACCGAUUGGUAAUAUAUGCGAACGAGUUGGAAAAACAGGCCCAGUUCGGCUAUUUACAGGAUUGGGCAGUUCCGGUUCAAUUGGUGCAUGGCGUGAAGCAGAAAAAGAACGCGCCACCAAAGGAGGACAUCUAUGCCACUCUAAAAUUGCAAAUCAAGCUAACGCCGUGCAAAUGCGACAACGUCGACGAUAUCGGUGGUGGUGAUAUGCUGCGUCCUCUGGCUGCGGCUAUAAAUCCGCGUCACCAGUCCAAGGUGCAAGCCCUGUCCGAGGUGGUGAAGUUCACGGCGCGCAUCUAUGUGGUGCAGGGCUUGCAGAUGCGGCCCCGCGACAGUAACAGCCACUCCGAUUGUUAUGUAAAGCUGUUUCUGGGCGCCAAGACCAUCUCAGACUCGGCCCACUAUGUGCCCAAUCAGAGCAAUCCCAUAUUUGGUCGUUUUUUCGAACUGGAGGCCACCUUACCUGGCGACCACAUGUUGCGGGUGCUGGUUUACGAUCAUGACAAGCUACGCGAUGAUAUUAUUGGACACACACUUAUUGAUCUGGAGGAUCGUUGGCGCAGCAAGCAUCGCGCCACGGUGGGGAUUGCCCAUGAAUAUAGCCGAGGUGGCUACAAUAUGUGGCACGACGUGCGUCUGCCAUCAGAAAUCCUGAUGGAUUUGUGCCUGCAGCGUGGCGUUCAGCAACCUUAUUUUUAUGGGAAUGUCGUCGAGGUAGAUGGUAUGCUGUUUGCCGACGAGACUGUAAUUUCAAAAUCCGAGGACCUGCAAGAGCGCCUUAGCCUCACAGUUCUGAAGAACUUGGACAAGCUGCCUUCUUUCGGCUACAAGCUGGUUCCAGAGCAUGUGGAGACACGCUCCCUCUAUCGAGAUGAUUAUCCGGGACUCGAACAGGGAAAGCUGCAGAUGUGGGUGGAACUGUUCGAGGCCAACAUGUAUAAUCCGAAGCCCAUUGACAUCACACCCAUACCGCCCACCAGCUACGAGGUGCGUGUUGUGGUCAAAAAUCUGAGCGGCAUACAGGCUGGCGAUAAAAAUAUAUUUGGCAAACUAAUGAGCGACCUCUUUGUCCGGGGCUGGUGCCAGGAUACGCAAAAGCACCAAUCCACCGAUAUACAUUACCGCGCAUUUGCCGGCAAGGCAUCAUUUAAUUGGCGUAUGAUAUUCGCCAUGAUGUAUUCGCCCAAUGAGGACAUGAUGGUUAUUAGGCGAAAAAGUGGCUUCAAUGAGGAAUUUGAAAUAAAACGUCCGCCCAUUAUCUAUUUGCAAGUCUGGGAUAAGGAUGUGAUAACACAAAAUGAUUAUCUGGGUGCCAUCGAGCUGAAUCUAUCCAACAUUAUUAAGCCGUAUUCAACGGCUGCGCAAUGCGAUCCUCAAGCCAAGAAACGCAAGCGUUUGAAUCUCUUCAAACGCAAACACAUCAAAGGCUGGUUCCCAUUGCAUAGCCCGCCAAAGCCGCCUCACGAUCUACCGGUCACAUCAAUGAGCGGCAAGAUCGAGCUGCAAGUGGACGUUUGCACAGAGACGGAGGCUUCAGAUGCGCCUGCUGGCUAUGGCCGCGAACCUCCCAUGGCACUAGAGGCCCCCCAUCGUGCUGAAACCGCUUUCAAUCCCCUGACACAUCCACUCAAAUCUUUCUGCCAUAUCCUAUGGCCAGCCAUACGAAAGUAUGUGUUUCUGGCUCUCCUUUUCGUAAUUGUGACGCUGGGUCUAGUUCUGUUUGUUUCCAACUUGCCAGGAAAACUGUUGGGCAUACCUUUGGAGUAAGUUCUUGUUUGUUGUUUAUACUUAUUGUUCUAACUUUAGAAAUAUUAUAUAUAAAUGUAUU